AUGGCGAAGAACACAUGCAAGCUCUGCUCCCGCCGCUUCGCCAGUCCCCGCGCCCUCGCCGGGCACAUGCGCUCUCAUUCCAUCGCCAGAGCUCAGGCGGCUGCAGCGGCGGCGGCGAAGCAGCAGAUCUCCUCGGCGUCCUCCGCGUCGACCUCCUUCGCCGCCGCCGCCGACGAGGACGUCGGCCUCAAGACGCCCGCUUCCACCUACGGGCUCCGGGAGAAUCCGAAGCGCAGCCUUCGCGUGGCCGAUGCCGCCUUCUCGGAUCGCGAGAGCGAGGCCGAGUCCACCCCGCCGCACACCAAGCGCGUGAACGCCGCCGCCGUCUGGGGCGAGCCCGAACCGGCGAGCUCGCUGUCAGAGGUCUCAACCCCGGAGGACGUGGCGCUAUCCCUCAUGAUGCUCUCCCGCGACUCCUGGCCGUCGGCUGUACUCGCCGAGGACGACGACGGGAGCGACGACGGCUACGCGCCGCCCCCUGCCCCGCCACUCCUGCGGGCCCCGGCGCCGGCGCCCGUGGAGAAGCGGACGCAGUUCCAGUGCGUCGCGUGCAAGAAGGUGUUCCGCUCCUACCAGGCGCUCGGCGGCCACCGCGCCAGCAACGUGCGCGGCGGCAGGGGCGGCUGCUGCGCGCCUCCCGUGGCCCCGGCUCCGGCUCCUCCCCUGCAGCCCCAGCCGCCGCUGUCGCCAUUGCCGGAGCACAGUGACGGGGACGAGGACGAGGACAUGGAUAUGGAUGCAAAGCAGCAGCCGCGCGAGUGCCCCCACUGCUACCGCGUGGUCUCCUCGGGCCAGGCUCUCGCGGGGCACAAGCGGUCCCAUGUGUGUGGCGCCGCGGCCGCGGCGUCGCUUGCCAGCACGGGCACCGGCACCGCCUCCACCACCUCAGCCGCCACUCCUCCGUCCCCGAUCAACAACAGUCCCUGCAUGAUCGAUCUGAACGUGGCGCCGCCGUCCGAGGAGGUGGAGCUCUCUGCCGUGUCAGAUCCCCACUUCAAUCCAGGCGCUUGA